AGAAUUAGAAGAAUGGCGACUUCCACGUUUCCAUGUGCAGCGGAUUUUCCCCCUCUUCAGAAUGACUUGAUUCUGCGGGCAGCUCGUGGUGAACAAACAGAACGUGUGCCAGUGUGGUUAAUGAGACAGGCCGGAAGAUACCUGCCAGAGUAUGGUCAAGCAAAAGGCGCGAGGGGAUUUUUUGAGACAUGUCGCAAUCCACAGCUUGUAUGUGAAUUAACCAUUCAGCCAAUCAAAAGGUUUGCUCUUGAUGCAGCCAUCAUCUUUUCGGACAUCCUCGUUAUUCCCAUUGCCCUUGGCUUGAAAACUGCCAAUGAUCCUGGGACGGGACCAGUGUUUGAGAAACCUAUCCAGACACCGGAUGACUUGGCCCGUCUGAAUCCAGACUUUGACAUCCAGCAGACGCUGGGCUAUGUGUACAAAGCCAUCACAUUGACGAGGAAAACACUGGAGGGUCAGGUUCCACUGUUCGGUUUCAGCGGGGCGCCAUGGACCUUGAUGAAGUACAUGAUUGAAAACCUGGGAGCCGGUCCGAAUCCUAACAAGACAAGGAGAUUUCUGGUCGAGUUUCCUGAGGCUGGUGAGAAGUUACUGAAAAUUAUCACGGACGCUGUGAUAAGACAUCUAGUAGAACAAAUCAAAGCUGGUGCACAGAUAGUUCAAGUGUUUGACUCCCUGGCUGGUGAGAUGGGUCCAACUUUGUUUACAAAGUAUGAACUUCCCUGCUUGCGAGAAAUAGCUUACAGGGUUAAAGACAAGCUCACAACUCUUGGAAUAACCCCUGUUCCCAUGGUGGUGUUUGCUAAAGAUGCACAUUUUGCCAUAGAACAGCUGUCGUCAAUUGGUUUUGAUGUCGUCAGCCUGGAUUGGACAAUGCAGCCAACACACUGCAGGCGGUUAGCUGGCUCUUCUGUAACUUUACAAGGCAACUUGGAUCCAGUCAUAUUGUUCACAAAAGAGGACGAGAUUCGUAAAGAGGUGAAGGAGAUGCUUCAGAAGUUCGGCACUCAGCGCUACAUCGCCAACUUAGGACACGGUGUGAUGAAGGAGACCAACCCGGACACAGUCGGGAUCUUCGUUGACGCCGUGCACUCGCUGUCGGAGGAAAUCAACAAGCAGUCUUGAUGUAUGCUGAUACUUCUGAAAGAUUAUAUUUUGUUUUUCUAUUUGGGAAAUGGCUGUCUUUUGAUGCAGAGUUUUGAUGUGUAUUCAUAGAUCUUAUACAUUUCUUAUUUUGAAAAUGGCUAUCUUUUCAUACAGGCAUUUAUUUUUAGCUUAUUUUUAAAAAGAUAACUUUAUAAAAAUCCAUUUUAUAUAUUAAAUAUGUUGUGGAUAUUUUAUGUAAUGGCAAUAACAAAUUGUUUUUUGUGUACGUUUGUUGCUCGAUAUACUGUAGAUGCUGAAAUUAAUGCGAUCCUGAAAUUAAUGUGAUCGUGAAAUUAAUGCGAUAAAAUAAGAGCAAAUGUUAUUCACAUUAGCAUUGACAUAUUUAUUUCUAACUUUCUUCGGUCAUGGGUCAAUCAAAGAACAUAAACAGAAAUUAAAAUAUUAGACUAAGUGUAUUUUAUAAAACACAAUUCAAAUGGUGGGUAUGUAAUAAAGUCUUAAUUACUCUCUUGCAAACUGACAUAAUCCACCACAUGUGAAUGAGUUUCAGUACUCUAAUCUGUUUCACUUUUUAUUGUUUACCUUGCUUGCAGAAUUCACUGCAUACGACUGUGAAUUAUUCUUUCAUUUAGUACAUUAAAAUCUCUGUUGAUGGGCACACCACGAUGACGGUGUUGUUUUAAGUGAGUUGAUUUCAUAGAAGACACUUGUGCCUUGGAUUCAACUAAAAGGUAUGCAAAUGUAUGUUCUUACAAAAGUAAUAUUUCAAGGGAAGACACUCGUAUUGAUUUCUUGUUACAUUAUAGUCUGACCCUUGUUGCCUGCUUUAGUUUAAGGAUGUGUUAAUUUUUUUAUUUACAGUAUUUUUUUAAUUGCUUGUUUUCAUAUGGUAGUUGUAUGCUUCUUUGAGCAUUUGUUGUUACCCAUUCCUAAAAACAAAACCAGUUGGUAAAAGUAAAACCUAAAAUUUCCAGACAAAAUCAGUGUACCAGUCCAUUUAAUAUAUGUUGAACAAAAUGAUUUAGUGUCAAACUCCACAUAAUAACACACAAAAUAACUUUUUUUGUUUUUGUGUGGGGGGUAUGUUGUAUAUUAUUCUCUUCAAUUGAUAUAGUAAAGCACAGUAUUAAGGCUCAAAACUCAUUGGUUCUGGGUCUCAGUUUGUGUCUGGUGAGUAUGGUAUCCGUUGAAAAAGAAACACACUGAAUCAAAUGUGACAGGACACACUGCUUCUGUGCUGGUACAGACUACAGAUCUGGCAGUAGAUGAUAUACAACAUGCACUAUGCUUAUUUUUACAGUGACUCGGACUCAGACCAAACUUCUGAAUGGUUUGGGUCUCACACACUUCAUAUAGUAUUCAUGGAAUCUCCACAGAAUAAAACAUCAUUGUUUAUUUAAGAUGCACCUAGGUGCAUUGUUUAAAAUUCAUGUACUUAACUGCAGAGUUAGAAGAUUGAUUUAGGUGAUUGGUUACCUUGUGGUCUUGCAGAUGAUCGAAUAAUCUGUCUACUGGAGUCAAAGUCAGGAUAUCAAUUAGUUUUUUUUUUUAUAAGAUGCCUCAUUUCAAAAUCCAGAAUAAUCGUAAAUUUAACAAACCUACAGAUGAAUAAGCUGUGUUGUUCACCUUGUAUAACAACCAUCUGUCAAUAAUGGGCACCAUAUGUCCUAAUCCCAUACAAAUGCACAUAUACAUUUUUGGAUUUUUUUUAAUGUAGCCUGUAAUAGAAAUAUUAAUCAGAUGAAUCAAGUGUAAUUGCUGUAACUGAUUCUUUUCUCCUUCUUUUUUGUGUGGUUCUAAUAUAAUUUGAUCUGACUUGUAGUAUUUAUUUGUUUAUCUUUAAUAGCAGUUAGAGAGAGAUGUCAAUAGUUCUUGUUUUCAGAAUAAAAUAUACCUGUGAUGUACAUGUUAUUCAUGAGAUAAAUAUAGACAUGGUCACAGCAUCAUGCAUCAGUUUAAUAUCUAGUCGUGCAAUUGAUAAUCUAAACUGUAAAUUUUCUGUUUGAUCUAAUAGUGUGUGUUUACUGAGCAAUAUAAAUCAACAUGUGAUGUGAUAAUGAUAUGAUGUUUUUACAGUGACAGCGUGCAAACUGUCACAAAUUUAUAUAGUUAGUUUUCUGUGCCAUUUAGUUUCUGCAUUCUCAUAUUAAGUAUUUGCAUUUAUUUCGGGCCUUUGAAAAUUACGAGAAUAAUCGUUUUGUUUAUGUGUCAUUUACGGACAUCUUAUUUUGCACAAACAAUUUUCAUUCUCAAAUUAAAUUUACAUGAACAUGAUGGGUUUUGCAAAAAGGAAUUUAGUUACCUGAAUGUAUUUUUGUGCAACCCAUCAAUGGGUUAGACAAAUUUUCAAUUUCCAGAGCCCUGAAUUAGGUAUCAAAGCUUUUAUUAUAUAAAUCAUGUUUAGGUGAACUGCAGUCACUUCAUUACUAGUGUAUUUAUACAUGUGAAUAUGAAUCUCAAUGUCAGUUCAUGGUAAAAACCAGGCUAGUUCAAGGUGAGCAAAAACUUUUAUCAAAUUAUUUAUAAAAAUUCAAAACCCACAGAUUUUUAACAUAAAAUUUACUACGAUAAUUUUGUUCAACAGUUUGGUACUUAUGCAUUGUUUAUGGAUCCCCCAAGCUAAAUUUUGCGAUGUAACAGUUAUGUAUUUUAUUUUCGAUUAAAAUAUCUCCUGCUACUUACACUGACAAGUAAUGCAUUCAUAAAAAUAUCUUCUGCUACUUACACUGACAAGUAAUGCAUUCAUUAAAAUAUCUCCUGCUACUUACACUGACAAGUAAUGCAUUCAUAAAAAUGCAGUGUUUGAUUUCUCUUUGAAUGUUUUCUUUUAUUCAAGCAUAUUUACCAAAUUGCUAAACUUUUUGUCUUAGUAUAUCUAUGAUGAAAAAAAUAUAUACGGUAGUCAUUUUAAAAUAAAAUUCACCUUUUUGCUUUUUGUUUAGUAAAAACAGUGUGAUCUAUCACCAGUCCAAAAUGGAUUCAUGUCACACUAACAUUUCGUUGAUCUGACUUUACAAUUUUAACAACAUGAAUGUAAUAUCUAGUAAGAGAAGUAUAAAUAAUGAAUGUGCAUCUGUCUACAGUACUCGCCUCAAAGUAGCAGCUUAACUUCACAUUGUUAUUGUAUUUUAACAUCUCAUCAUUUAUUUACAUUAUAGGGUCAAAGGUCAACAUUCCUUUGCUGAUCAUGCUUAAGGCAAAAGGAUUUGCAUAGAAUUAAAAAAAAAAAAAGGUCCAUGUAUACAUUUAUUUAGUCAUCAUCUUACCAAUAUACUGGUACAUAUAAUAAUUGCAGAAUAAAAAUAUAUAUGCUGUUUUGCAGACAAUUAUGGAUCUCUUUGAUAUUUAACUGUUUAUUUUAUGGUUCUUCAUUACUAUUCAUAAAAAUGUCUAAUUAUAGCAUAUAUUAUAUUGUUUGAAUUAAUUUUCCACAUGCUUAAAUCCUAAAAGCCAUCAAAUUAUAACCAUCAUAUUAUAUUAUAUUAUAAUGAUGUCUUUGUGUACUUACAUGUGUCUUACUUCAUGCAUUUAAAACAGUACUGGUUCAUGUGCAGCAUUCAGUUGUAUGUAUUUUUAUGGGGUAUUAGUGAAUGCCUUUAAAGUGUUGUUGCAUAUUAUGCAAAAUUAUAUAAUACUGGUAAUUUAGAAGGUAGUUUCAUUUGUAUCCUUAGAGCUCUUUGUUCGACACCUAAUACAGUGAAACCUCUCAAAACCGGACCCUCUAUAAACAGGAAUUCCUUCAAAACCGGACCCUCUAUAAACAGGAAUUCCAUCAAAACUGCACUUUUUUUGCGGCCCCUUUUAAAUAUCUGUACAGAAGAGAACCUCUCUUGUACUUGUCAUGAGGAUGUCCAGUUUAGAGGAGUUAAACUGUAGAUACACUGGCUCUUUUUUAUAUGUGUUUUUUUUUUUUUUUUUUACAUUCAUUCUUUAAAUCUGAACAACAAAUCUGUUACCAUAAUAAAAAUGUGUAUCACUGCAAAAAACAGAUUCAAAGGGACAUCAUCCAAUAAUGAGCUCUCUCUUGUGCUAAUGUUGAUUUAGUAAACUAGUCUGGGAGUGGCAGUCCUCUUGAGCAAUACAAGAAGGAUGUAUUGUCCAGUAUAGGAUCUCCUCGGAAGUAGCACUAGAUGGAGAUUCAUGGAAUCGAGCAUUUCACCAAAUAUCCAUUUCAUUGCAUUGUGCUGAAAUACAGUCUUGAUUGCAGAUAGUUUCAGCCAGUGCACCACGACUGGUGUAUCGAAGGCUGUCCUGUCUGUUGGAUGGUGCAUAUAAAAGAUCCCUUGCUACUAAUGGAAAAAUGUAGCAGGUUUCCUCUCUAUGACUGUCAAAAUGA